AUGGAGACGGCUCUCUGAAUGUUUCCUUUCAGGCUGAUGUUACUUCCAGUCAGUGGACGGUGAAGAGGGAGCAAUGACUUUUGCCUUUCCUGCCACCUUCUCUCUGGGUGAUUCUUUAGGAAACGCAGGAGGAUAGGAUUUUCAGAUGAGAAGACGGGCAUCUCAGCUUCACCACAGACCCAACCGUUCAUGGGCUGAAGAACAAGGACAGAAGAGAUCUGGACUGGUGGCUUAUACUAUCUACUGGAUGAAGAGGCGCAGAAUCUCAUGCUGAACCUAAAGAAAACCUCAGCGCUAACUAUGUGUCAUCUGUAAGUCAGCCUCAAGCUGCAGACUGGUAUUCCCAGCCACAGGCACACAGCAUUUCCUCUCCGUGUUCCUGCUGAGCACAAACUGGAUCGAGACAAAAUACAUGUUUUGUUGACUCGAAACCCUUCGGGAUUUGUCAUACCAUGGAUUACAGAUUUUCACGUUUAAAGAGAUUUGGACCCAAUAAGGAACUUGUCUAAAGUAUAAUCUAAAACUUGAUGGAAGAAAAAUGAUGGAGCAGCCGAUCAAAGAUAUACUUUUGGGGUCUCCAAAGUCUUCAGACCCUAUGAUGAUGGAGAAACGUGCCAAUGACUGUGUGAUUACAACUAUUCCAAGAGUCAAUGAGACCCAACUGACUGCAGCAACAGGUGGAGCAGAGCUGUCUUGCUACCGUUGCACUAUCCCUUUCGGAGUGGUUAUACUAAUAGCAGGCAUUGUGGUCACAGCGGUGGCGUAUAGUUUUAACUCUCAUGGAUCCAUUAUCUCUGUGUUUGGGCUGGUCCUACUCUCUUCCGGACUUCUUCUGGUGUGCUCCAGUGCGCUGUGCUGGAAAAUUAGGCAACGGAAAAAGAGAGCUAAAAGGAGAGAGAGUCAGACAGCGUUGGUGGCAAACCAAAGGAGUUUAUUUGCCUAAGGGUGAAAGACAUUUCAAAGAUGUGGACUGCAACCAGUCUGAAGCAGCUGGAUCGAUUGGAGAUUGUUGAAACCAUCGAGCUAUGGCAUGUAGUUGAGCAUUGAGCUGAGGUCAUGACCAGUACGAUAGGGUUCAUUUUUAAUGUUUGUGGUCUGCCUAGCUCUACAGUUCCUUCACUUGUUCCAUACAGGUUGGAUAUAACAAAGAAGUCUGAUUAUAAUAGCAAUAUUCAUCUGGUUGGUUCAAGUUGUCAGAGGUGCAACCAUUUUGCUUCGCAGCCAGAGCCGCAAUGUUAAGGUUAUGUACAUAUUUGCAUUUUGCUAGUUGUAUCCAGAGCUCUGUUCACCAGUGACCUCCCCGACGGGAAUAUUUCUUACCCAGUGGUUCUCCACCCUUGCGCAAAAAGUAGGACACACCUUGAGGGCACUCCUGAUGCGAUUGCACGUAGCCUUAGUUUACGUUGUUUUUUUAGGCCAGUUGUGUUAAGUCAUUUUUAAUGUAAAUGAUAGUAGUAAAAGAAGUGAAUCGAUUCUACACAAAUCUGAUUUCUUACAAAUUUCCCAAUAGAUUCUAGAUCAAAAUGGAUGCCAGCAUUUUACAGAUCAGAAGACAGAGAAGAAAGCAUCUACCACCAAAAAGGGAUCAUAUUUGGACUGUUUUUUUAAACAGGUUGUUUGUUACCACCGGUUACUCUACGUUUAUCCACACUCAUAUCUUGCUGUCACUCUGACAUAACUAAUACGGUCUUAGCGAUAAACAGCUUGAAAGGCAUUGGAGACAGUCCUAGGAGACUCCAGAAUGUGAUUCGGGGCAACUGGGACACUUUCAAUGUAGGUUGAAUUUUUUCGGACUAAAAUGAAUCUCACUUCUGAUUCUAGUGAAUUGGAUGUAGAGCGAAAAUUGGGAAAUCCGCUCAUCUCUAGUUGCCUCCUCUGUUGUAACUCAAGCUUCAUCAAACUGAAGUCAACAAGGAGAGCCGCACAUGAAUAAUGUAAUAAUAGCUGUAAAGAAGAUGUUAGAAGCCUAUGAGAUGCAUCAUUACAUUAAUAUUGACUUCUCAUGUUUAAUUUGCACAAAAUGCACUUGCAGACACUAGAAUAAAGUAAACCUAGAGUGAUACAGGCGUGUAGAUAUACAGAAAUAUAUGAAGCCCAAUGAGGUAAGUGUGGGCUACAGACUAUGAGGCUUUAGUCAUAUGUAAAACGUUAGUCUGAUAUAAUAAAAACUAUACAAAAUGUAAAAUCAAACCAUGCAUAGAACAGACAUAUUAGGUUACUAAUGGUAUCUAUCAUAUUUUAGAGCCUCAAUUUAUCUGUGUUUAUGUUUUGUCUGAUGAAAUUUUCAUAUUUUGGUUUCUUUUUAUUAAUGUUCCUAUUACAAAUAUUUCAACCAUAACACUCAGGUUUUAGGUGACCACUUUAAGGGGUUGGCCCAUCUUAGAUAUUGAUGGCACAUCGCUAGGAUGAACCACCAAUGUCAGAUAGGUGGAAUCUGCACUUAUCUCUAGAACAGGGCCUCCAAAGUAGACGGAGAGUGCACCAUGCAUGCGUGAUGUGCUCUUUAUCCACUUCUAUGGGAGU